CGACGACCAGCCAUGAGCAACAAGGGCGUAAAACGCGCGUCCCCCGGCGCAGAAGUCGAGAAGAACCCCUUGGGCGACGUCGAGCUCUCCGACGAGGAUGCCGUCAAGCUCCAGGGCAUCCAGAAGGACAUCGCCCGCAUCGAGCUCGUGCUUGAGCGCCGCGCGCAGGAGAAGAUGGUGCCCGUGUACGAGAAGCGGCGCGCGGUGGUGAAGGCGAUCAACAAGUUCUGGCCCGUCGCGCUCAUGAACCACGAUCUGCUCGCGGUGCACGCGCAGCACAACGCGGACCAGGCCGCGCUGAGCUACCUCGAGGACCUGUGGCUCAUCCGCGACCCGGUCGAGUCGCGCUGCUUCACGCUCGAAUUCCACUUCAAGGAGAACCCGUUCUUCUCGAACACGGUCCUGAAGAAGGAAUACAAAUACGUGCCACCGCCGGUCGCGUCGGAAGACAAGCCGGACGCUGACGGCAUCACGGAGACGAUGCUCGAGUUCUCUUGGGAGCGCGACGUGCAACCUCAGGCGACAAAGAUCGACUGGAAGGACGACUCGAAGAACCUGACGAAGCUGCACCCGCGGGUGAAGGAUGAUGUGGACGACGACCUGCCGUCGGAGGGCGGGAGCUUCUUCAACUUGUUUGAAGUCGCGGACGACCCGUUCGACCUUGGGGUGACGAUUGCCAACGACGUCUUCCCGGAGGCGAUUGAAUACUUCCUCGGGCACGCGGGUGGCGAGGACGUGGACAGCGAGGACGACGAGGACGAUGAUGAGGAAGACGAGGAGGAGAUUGAUUUGGAAAAGCCGCGUCUGAAAAAGCAGAAGAAGGCGUAGAGGGCGUUGUGCGUUGCAUGUGCCGAGCGCGCUGCCCUGGCAGUGGGUAAUUCAUGCGACCGAGCGUGCCGGAGGAGAGCCGCGGCCAUGUCCGGGUGCGCUCGCGAAAAGGGUCUGGUGUGUCGGCGAUGAUGUCACCUAAAUAUAAGCGAUGCUGUAUUGGAUGCUAUAUUUGGCAGAGGGCAUGAGACAUCUUCCUCU